CAGAAUGCAGAGCGGUAUUAGCGCCAGCUUCGCAGUAAGGAGGGCGCUGAUUGGUCGGGGAGCCGGCGGCACGUGGGGGAGAGAGUGAGGCAGACGCCGGGCGAGAGGUUAUCCCAUCAUCUGACCCUACACUGCAGACAUGCCCUCUGACUUGGCUAAGAAGAAAGCUGCCAAGAAGAAGGAGGCCGCCAAGGCACGGCAGAGGCCCAAGAAGGAGAAUGGAGAGUGUGGCUCGGAGGAGGCCGAUGUGGAGCCGUCUAAUGGAAGCCUGGUUGCCGAUGGCAUUGAUGAGGUGCCUCAGGUGGAGGAGUUUGAGCUUCGGAAAGCCGCUGCCCGGGCAGUUACUGGUGUUCUGGCCUCACACCCCAACAGCACCGAUGUCCACAUCAUCAAUAUGUCCCUGACAUUCCACGGACAGGAGCUGCUGAGCGACACCACGCUAGAGCUCAAUUCCGGCAGAAGAUACGGACUGAUCGGGCUCAAUGGCACUGGGAAGUCCAUGCUGCUGUCGGCGGUGGGCGCCCGCGAGGUGCCUAUACCAGAACACAUUGAUAUUUAUCACUUGACGCGGGAGAUGCCCCCCAGCGACAAGACUGCUCUGCAUUGUGUGAUGGAGGUGGACACGGAGCGGACCAUGCUGGAGAAGGAGGCGGAGCGGCUGGCGCAUGUAGACGCUGAGUGUGAGAAGCUGCUGGAGCUCUAUGAGCGGCUGGAGGAACUGGACGCUGCCAAGGCUGAGGUGCGGGCAUCUCGGAUCCUGCAUGGGCUGGGCUUUACCCCGGCCAUGCAGCGGAAGAAGAUGAAGGAUUUUAGUGGAGGCUGGAGAAUGCGGGUGGCCCUAGCCAGAGCUCUCUUCAUCCGCCCGUUCAUGUUACUUCUCGAUGAGCCCACCAAUCACCUGGAUCUGGAGGCGUGUGUGUGGCUGGAGGAAGAACUCAAAUCCUUCCGCAGAAUCCUGGUCCUUGUGUCUCACUCUCAGGAUUUCCUCAAUGGCGUCUGUACGAACAUUAUGCACUUGCACAACCGGAAACUGAAAUACUACACGGGCAAUUAUGACCAAUAUGUGAAAACCCGUCUGGAACUGGAAGAGAAUCAGAUGAAGAGAUUUAAUUGGGAGCAGGAUCAGAUUUCACAUAUGAAGAAUUACAUUGCUCGGUUUGGUCACGGUAGCGCUAAAUUAGCGCGUCAGGCACAGAGCAAAGAGAAGACUCUGCAGAAGAUGAUGUCCUCUGGGCUGACAGAGAAAGUUGUGAAUGACAAGACGCUCUCAUUCUUCUUCCCGUCCUGUGGAAAGAUUCCUCCUCCAGUCAUCAUGGUGCAGAACGUCAGCUUCCGCUACUCUGAGGAUGGGCCUCUCAUCUACAGGAACUUGGAGUUUGGAAUAGACUUGGAUACCCGUGUAGCCCUUGUGGGUCCCAACGGGGCAGGAAAAUCCACCUUAUUGAAACUACUGACGGGGGAGUUGCUGCCAACAGAUGGAAUGAUCAGAAAACAUUCUCACGUCAAGAUCGGCAGAUACCACCAGCACCUAACAGAACAGCUGGAGCUGGACCUAUCGCCCCUGGAAUACAUGAUGAAGUGUUACCCAGAUAUAAAGGAGAAGGAGGAGAUGAGGAAGAUCAUUGGCCGAUAUGGACUGACGGGAAAACAGCAGGUGAGUCCCAUCCGCAACCUCUCUGAUGGGCAGAAGUGCAGAGUCUGCUUUGCUUGGUUGGCCUGGCAAAAUCCUCACAUGCUUUUUCUGGAUGAACCGACCAAUCAUUUGGACAUUGAGACCAUCGAUGCCCUGGCAGAUGCCAUCAAUGAGUUUGAGGGAGGAAUGAUGCUCGUUAGCCACGAUUUCCGGCUGAUUCAGCAGGUGGCCCAGGAGAUCUGGGUGUGUGAGAAACAAGCCGUUACCAAAUGGACGGGAGACAUCUUAUCCUACAAACAUCAUCUCAAGUCCAGACUGACUGACGACGAGCCGCCGCGCAAGGGAAACUGAGCCGCUGCCACAUCGCGAGCAGAGUGUAAUAAAGUGUCACAUUGUCAUCAGAAAGAGACUCCUGUCUGACAUAUGUUCAAUGCAUUGCUCUGUAACGCCGGACCGUGGGUGACCAGUGGGAGCUUGCGGCUGGCCUAUCGGGAGAGACGUGGAGAGUGCCCACGUCUGUACUGAAUCUUUCUGCGCGCUCAUCUGACCCCACAUCUAUGGAGUAUGUCUUUCUUUUGUUUUUUAAGCAAAUUAUUUAUCUGUAAUGGAAGGAAAAAUAAAGAGAAAUUUUGUUCUGCA